UAUAAAUAAUUACUAGGAUAUAUAAUAUUUGCACAUACAUUUUCUACAAAUGAUCUUGUCAGCAUAACAUUUAAAUUACUUUUUAAUGAACAAAUCAAGUUUUGUAUUAGUUAUGCCUAAUAAUUCACAGUCAGUGGAGUUUGGAAUGGAAACAAAGUAUCAAAGUUGGCAUGACAUCACUUGUGUGUCGUUGCAGGUGCUGCAGGCGCAGCUGGAGUCGCUGCUGCAGGGGCAGGAGGGCAUUCGCAGCAGCUGCAGCUUCACAGAGCAGGCUCUUAAUCACGGCUCGGAAGCUGAAGUCCUAUUGGUCAGGAAGCAGAUGAGCACGCGUCUUGAUGAGCUGGCCAAUCAGGAGCUCCCACUCUGGCCGGAGGAGAACAGCCAGCUGGACUUCUUGGUGGAAACCGAUGGUCUUCGGAAAUGCAUCCACAACCUCGGCGCUUUAAUAACCACCAGCGCUGUGGCUGCAGAAACCGUUGCCACCGGGGAAGGCCUGAGGCAUUGCAUCGUGGGGCAACCUACUUCUGUGACCAUAACAACCAAAGACAGAGACGGGGGACUGUGCCGGACUGGAAAUGCUCUGCUCGUAGCUGAUCUUUCUGCCUCUGAUGGCACCGUAGUGGGAGAAGGUGAAGUCACGGAUCAUAAAAACGGCACUUAUGAGUGUGUGUACAGGGUCCCGUGUGAGGGCCGCUUCACGCUCUCCAUAAAGCUCUACGAGCAGCAUAUCAGAGGCAGCCCCUUCAGCAUACGUGCCUGCAAACUCACAGACAUCUCCCUGACUGCAGACUUCAGCAAGAACCGGCUCAAAUCUCCAGGAAGCUGUCAUGCGGAACAGUGCGCCGUCAAGCGGCCCGCCAGCACGUACAGCACGGGCAAACGGAAAGAAAACCCCGUUGAAGACGACCUCAUGUUUCGAAUCGGAACUAAAGGCAGAAAUAAGGGUGAGUUCACCAACCUGCAGGGAGUUGCUGCUUCUUCCGUUGGCAAGGUGCUAAUAGCAGACAGCAACAAUCAGUGUGUUCAGAUAUUUUCAAAUGAUGGACAGUUCAAGAGUCGUUUUGGAGCGAGGGGCCGAUCUCCAGGACAGCUUCAGCGGCCGACCGGUGUGGCUCUGCACCCCAGCGGUGACAUCAUCAUCGCUGACUAUGACAACAGAUGGGUCAGCAUUUUCUCCAGCGAUGGCAAGUUUAAGACUAAAAUUGGCUCAGGGAAGCUCAUGGGUCCUAAGGGUGUAUCGGUGGACAGAAAUGGCCACAUCAUUGUGGUGGACAAUAAAUCUUGCUGCGUCUUCAUUUUCCAGCUCAAUGGAAAGCUUGUAUCCAAGUUUGGCAGCCGAGGAAACAGUGACAAAAAGUUUGCAGGUCCACACUUUGCUGCAGUGAAUCAAAAUAAUGAAAUCAUUGUGACCGAUUUUCAUAAUCAUUCUGUAAAGGUGUUCAGUCCAGAGGGCGAGUUCCUACUAAAGUUUGGGUCAAAUGGCGAAGGAAAUGGGCAGUUUAAUGCACCGACAGGUGUGGCAGUGGAUGCCAACGGCAAUAUUAUAGUAGCUGACUGGGGGAACAGCCGGAUACAGGUGUUUGACAGCAGUGGAUCCUUCCUGUCCUACAUCAACACCUCCGCAGAUCCUCUGUACGGCCCGCAAGGACUGGCUCUGACCUCAGACGGACUAGGUUGUGUCCCCGUGGGCUCAUUCGUGACACCCUCACCUCGGACAGAAGAACAGACUCUGUAUCCUGAUCACGGUUCUGCAGUUUAA